AGAGACAGAGACAGGGCUGUAGUGGGUCAGGGUCAGUUGUGAGACUCAGCUCAGCAUCCGGAUGGCCUGGGGAUAGAAGCUGUUUCUGAGGCGGUUGGUUUUAGCUCUGAUGCUGAUGUAGCCAGGCUUCCUCUUGGACUGCUUCCUGAUGAAGAGGCCAUGGCUCGAGUGACUGGGAUCAGCAAUGAUCUUGUUUGCCUUGGUUACACAUCUCUUGGUGUAUAUGUCCUCCAAGUUAGGCAGCACUCCUCCUGUGAGCCGUUGGCCGACCGCACCACUCUCUGAAGCCGCCGUCGAUCCUGCUCGGAGCAGUUGCCAUACCAGGACAUUCAGUAUGCUGGCCUGUUGGACCGGAACAGCUUGAAGACGACUAAAGAGGCUGCUGUGUCAGUCAGAGCUGAACCGACAGUAGGGGAAGAGAUGGGGAACACGGCAACCAAGUUCCGUAAGGCUCUCAUCAACGGGGAUGAGAUGCUGGCCUGCCAACUGUACGAGAGCAACCCGCAGUUCAAGGAGGCUCUGGAUCCCAACUCUACAUACGGAGAGUCCUACCAGCACAACACUCCACUGCACUACGCUGCCCGGCACGCCAUGACACGCCUACUCAGAUCUUUCCUCCUGAGCAAAGACGGGAAUCCUAACAAGCGUAACGUGCACAAUGAGACGUCUCUGCACCUCCUCUGCAUGGGGCCCCAGAUCCUGACCUCAGAAGGGGCGCUGCAACCCCGGAUCUCACGGCCAUAUGAAGACAAGCAGCGUCGGGCUGAAUCUCUACAGAUCGUCCUGGCGUGGACCGGAGCGAAGCUGGACCACGGAGAGUACGAGAGAGCCGACGUCAACGCCACCGACAACAAGAAGAACACCUGCCUGCACUACGCUGCUGCCUCAGGCAUGAUGACGUGUGUGGAGCUCCUGGUGCAGAGAGAAGCGGACCUGUUUGCAGAGAACGAAGACCGCGAGACUCCAUGUGACUGUGCAGAGAAGCAGCACCACAAGGAGCUGGCCCUGUGCCUGGAGUCGCAGAUGGUCUUCUCUCUCGCCCCCGAGGCGGAGGGCAUCGAGGCAGAGUACGCAGCCCUCGACCGGAGAGAGCUGUAUGAAGGCCUGAGGCCUCAGGAUCUACGGAGGCUGAAGGACAUGCUGAUAGUGGAGACAGCCGACAUGCUGCAGGCUCCUCUCUUCACUGCAGAGGCACUGCUACGUGCCCAUGAUUGGGACAGAGAGAAGCUCUUAGAGGCCUGGAUGAGCAACGCGGAGGAAUGCUGCCAACGCUCAGGGACACAGAUGCCCAACCCGCCUCCGAGCGGCUACAACGCCUGGGACACGCUGCCCUCGCCCCGGACGCCACGCACCACUCGCUCCUCCAUCACCUCCCCGGACCAAAUCAGCCUGGUGCCUGCCGACGACGAGUCUUCUCUGUGUGGUAUCUGCAUGUCUUCCAUUUCCGUCUUCGAGGAACCCGUGGACAUGUCCUGUGGUCACGAGUUCUGCAGAGCAUGCUGGGAAGGGUUCCUCAAUCUAAAGAUCCAAGAGGGUGAAGCCCACAACAUCUUCUGCCCGGCCUUUGACUGCUACCAGCUGGUGCCUGUGGAGGUCAUUGAGAGCGUGGUGUCGAGAGAGAUGGACAAGCGCUACCUCCUGUUUGACAUCAAGGCGUUUGUGGAGAACAAUCCGGCGAUCCGCUGGUGUCCCCAGGCCGGGUGUGAGAGGGCGGUGAGGCUGAGCACGGGGGGUCCUGGGAGCUCAGCCUCAGACUCUCUGAGCUUUCCUCUCCUCCGGGCUCCGGCUGUAGACUGUGGCAAAGGACACCUCUUCUGCUGGGAGUGUCAAGGCGAGGCCCACGAGCCCUGCGACUGUGACACCUGGAAGCUGUGGCUGCAGAAAGUCACCGAGAUGAGACCUGAUGAAUUGGCUGGUGUGAGCGAAGCGUACGAGGACGCAGCCAACUGCUUGUGGUUGCUCUCGAACUCCAAGUCCUGCGCCAACUGCAAGUCCCCAAUCCAGAAGAACGAGGGCUGCAACCACAUGCAGUGUGCUAAGUGUAAGUACGACUUCUGCUGGAUCUGUCUGGAGGAGUGGAAGAAGCACAGCUCAUCCACAGGAGGCUACUAUCGCUGCACGCGCUACGAGGUCAUCCAGCAGGUGGAGGAGCAGUCAAAGGACAUGACUGAAGAGGCAGAGAAGAAGCACAAGAGCUUUCAGGAACUGGACCGUUUUAUGCACUACUACACACGCUUCAAGAACCAUGAGCACAGCUAUCAGCUGGAGCAGCGCCUGUUAAAAACCGCCAAAGAGAAGAUGGAGCAGCUCAGUCGAGCCCUGAGUGGAAGGGAAGGAGGUCCACCUGAUACGACGUUCAUUGAAGACGCGGUCCUAGAACUACUGAAGACUCGCCGCAUCCUGAAGUGCUCUUAUCCUUACGGGUUCUUUCUGGAGCCCAAAAGCACAAAGAAAGAGAUCUACGAACUCAUGCAGACGGACUUGGAGAUGGUGACUGAGGACCUGGCACAGAAGGUCAACCGGCCUUAUCUACGGACGCCGCGCCACAAGAUCAUCCGAGCGGCGUGCCUGGUGCAGCAGAAGAGGCAGGAGUUCCUGGCCUCCGUAGCCCGGGGAGUGGCCCCCAACGACUCUCCGGAGGCCCCCAGGCGCAGUUUUGCUGGCGGGACGUGGGACUGGGAGUAUUUAGGCUUCGCAUCACCGGAGGAGUACGCAGAGUUCCAGUACAGACGGAGACACAGGCAGCGGAGGAGAGGCGACAUGUCCAGUCUCCGUAGCAACACCCCCGACCCCGAUGACUCCGGAGACAGCAUGUUAGACGCGCAGGAUGUCGGAGGCGGACGGAGACAUCAUCUGAUGGGUCUAGGUUCUCUGGAUGACGACGAUCCCAACAUCCUACUGGCCAUCCAGCUGUCCCUCCAGGACUCGGCCAUGGCAGAGAUGGGGUCCAACCACGACGUCCUCGCCAACGAAGCCUCUCUCGGCGCUAUCGGCACCUCCCUGCCUUCGAGGCUGGAACAGAGCGCUCUGGGCGUGGACGUCCUUCCCAGAGCUUCUCUGAGCAGCUCGGAGCUGCUGGAGCUGGGAGAUAACUUGGCCAGACUCGGCAACAUCAACAUCAGCAGCCAGUACUCCGCCGCCUCCGCCUCCGUUCAGCACUUUGACGGUCACCGCCGGGCCUACGGGGUGUCCGUGCCGAUACCGGUGGCUUCGGGUGGCAACAACUCAUCGACGGGCCUCUUCACCUCUUCCAGCGACACCUUAGACUCCACCACGUGCGGCAGCCACGACCCGUCCUCGUCCUCCGCAUUAGUAGCAAACGCCAACCUACUGGGCAACAUCAUGGCGUGGUUCCACGACAUGAAUCCUCAAGGCAUCACCCUGGUCCCGUCGACCUCCUCCGACACCGACUCCAACCUCGGCCCGCUCCACGCAGGCGGAGGAGGGGGCCCGCAGGAUGACGAGAAACCCGAAGACAGGAAAGCUCAGGGAGUGGCGUCAGACGAGGGUUUCUGCUCUCAGAGGCCGAGCGACGUGGAGGAGAAGGAGCGCGCCGUCGCUCAGAGGCCGACCCAGUUAGAUCUAGUGGGGCUGGACGUCGCCGCCCUCGACACGGGCGGAGACCACGCCGAACGGGGGGGCAAGAAGGUCCGCGUGGAUACCCCGCGAUGCGACUCUGUGUCCGACCAGCUGCCCAGCAGCAGCUCCUCUGAGUGGGAGGACCAGGUCCACCUGGUGUGAACCGAGCCGGUCGGGUGAAUGUAGACAGAAUGAAGAAUGUGUCCGUUCAUACCGGGGGGGAGAAGUAUUUAGACUCGUAGGUUAGUGCAGCAGAUUGUGAUUACUGUAUAGUCAGCCCCCCCUCCUGAACAGGAAGCACUAACUGAAGGAGAUGUCACGUCUGAUAUGAUCUGAUUCUGAUAUUAUAAGUCUCUGUUAGAGGAGAUGUAGAGGCGUUAGCGUCGUGCAGGUCUUUGUUAUUUUCCACUGGAGUAAAGCCUACUGUACGUCUCAAUCAGGUCUUCUAACUGUACAUAUGAGCAGACUAAUAUCUUGUUGGGGGGGUCCAGGCCUGUCCUCACCUGCCUACUUUAGAGGUGCCAAACACUGACGAGCAAAAAGCACAGUUUGCAGUCACCAAGUGGA